UUAGGCAAUCAUUACUCACUGCUAUCGGAAAGGAAUUGUUCAGACAAUGAUGCCACCUCAACACGGAACUGACAAGACACUCACCAAGUGUCUGUCUUUGGAGAACAGAAAAACAAUCAGUCUUUCUAUAGGAGUAGGAACUGUACUCCCUGAGAAGAUGAGAGGAGACAACUGCAGCUGGUUAGGAGCAGAGAUCCCACUGUCAUGGGAGUUGUUCAGGGUGGUCAAGGAUGAGCUCUGGUUGUUUAUCAUUCCUGCCGGAUUUGCUGUGAUCAUUCUGGCCCUGUUCCUAGAAGAGGUGGGCUUCUUCCUGCGUCACGUGCCCUCUUCCAGACGUCGGUGCCUCUACCUGUGGAUACUGGGCAUGUACCCGGUCUUUGGAUUAACCUCCAUCAUUGCACUGUAUGUUCCUCGCUCCUCCUCACUUUGUAAUUUCAUAGCUUCUCUGUACCACUCAAUCACUCUGCUAAAGUUCAUGGGGCUCAUCACAGACUUCUUUGGGGGAAAGGCCCGCAUGCUGGAGAUCUUAGCUGGAGAGCAGGGUUCUCCAGAUCCAUUCCCAUGUUGCUGCUGCUGUUGCCUCCCUAUGAUAGCGAUCAACAGGACCAGCCUGGGGUGGAUGAUGGCUGCUGUGCUUCAACUGUCUGUGGUCAGAACCAUCCUAUUCUUUGUCACUCUGGUCCUCUGGACAGAUGAGCAGUAUGACUAUGGACAUGUGGAUUCUGUCAAUCCCAAUGUGUACGUGAAUGCCAUCAUAAGCGUGUCUACCUUCCUGUCUUUCUAUGGCCACUUGCUGUUUUACAAGGCCACCAAAAAGGCUCUGCCUGGCUAUGGGCUGAGGGCCAAGUUUGUCUGUAUCAUUGUAGUGUUGGUGCUGUGUGGCCUUCAGAAUGGAAUCCUGGAGACCAUGGGGGCCCUGGAGGUGGUGCCCUGCUCCCCUCCCUUCUCUGUUCUCAUGCGUUCCCAGCUAAUUUACCACUACUCUGUGAUUGUGGAGAUGUUCUGCAUAUGCCUCUUUGCCCGCCACACGUUCCGUAAGGUGGAGCCCAGUCCGGAGGAGGCCUUUGGGUUGGAGGAGAGGCCCCACAGAGGCAUGCUACUGGAGAAGGCAGUUCAGACUGAGGACGUGGUGCCACUCAGGGAGAACCCCUGGCCUGGCUGGUGCGGCGCUGGUGUCUCCAAUCCCGACUAUAACAGUGACAGCAGUGAGGACAGCCUCUGUAAGGUCGAACACGCCUCCCUGGAUCGCUUCCCUUUCCCUCUUCAACCCAGACGUCAAAAGAUGAUGCCAGAGAAGGUAACUGAUGAAAGUGCCACUUUGGAGCUGUCCAAACUGACUGUUACUGCGGACAUCAACUUUGUGGAGUCUAGGAAUGUUACUGUUGUAUGACAAAUGGAAUGGAUUGUCCUGGAAUCUCCUAACAGGACAGCAACACGGGUCAACCUCCAGGAAAUGGAAGAGAAACACCACACCGCUUGAGGUAGUACCUUGCCCAGUUUUUAUUUUUAUGUAUAUUGACUGAGAUCAUGCAUUUAUUCAUUCAUCAGUUGAAUGAAGAUGGUAGCUAAUGGAUAUUUUUGUUCUACCCAUAAUUUCUUGCCUACAUUUUAUAUCGAGCAUGCUCAGUACAUUUUGUUUUGCAAUGUUUCUCAAAAAGCCAGUACAUUUUUUAAAAGCCUAUUGCACAAUACUUUCAGAGGUAUUUAUCAGUUUCUCAUGCCUUCUCUCAAAACUUACAAUAAACCUUUGGAGUUUGAAAUGAAUUUGAUGACCUUAAUGGGUACAUUUCAUGUAAUAUUGAAUACAAAGUAAACACUAAUAGAAUCUGUUCCUUGGAGUAGAUGGUAUUUGCUCCAUGAGCUUCUCAAACCACACAAACAGUAUGCCUCUGGCCUAGCCUUCCCUCUGAAGUGCAUUGAUACCAAAGAUAGGUCUCAUAUUGUAAACUACAACAUAAAAAAUAUUUUAAGUAGUUAACUCUGGCUUGGUGCUUGACUUGGGCCGGAGCGCUGUACCGGCACUACUAAUUUUUGGGGAAUUGCAUACCGGAUCUGCAUUGAAUAGAAAUAGAAUACCACAGUAUGAGUCAUAAUACCCAUAUCCACGGGGAAGUAGGGGUGCUGCCUCCCCCCACACUUUGAUAACAUUUGCAGAACCCCUAUCCUUCAAACUAAACUCAGCAAAAAAAGAAACAUCCC